AUGCCUCAUAAGAAGAGAAAUGACACACACAUUGAUGUUGAAGAUGUUGGGAUAGAGGUGGAUGCUGUAAUAGACAGUGAAAGUGAAGAUGAGGCCAGGAAAAGAAGUAAAAACAGAAGAGCCAAACCGCAGCGUAAGGCCAAGCGCUUCAGUGAUGAUGAGGAAGAAGAAGAAGAGGAGGAUGAGGAUGACGCACCGAGGAAGAGAGGAAGAAAGAAAAAAGCUCAACCCAGGGACAGCGAUGAAGAUGAGGAGGAAGAGAAGAGGAGUGUAAAAAGUAAAGGCUCCAAAGCUUCUAGAAAGAAAGCAGUGCGGGAGGAGAGCGAAGAUGAGAGCGAAGAAGACGGAAGAAGGAAGAAAAAAAGAGGUAGAACGGUUUCUAAAAAGGAGGAGGAGGAGCAAGAAAAGAAGGGGAAUGUGAAAGGAAAAGGAGGGAAGGAAAAACGUGGUGAGAAGGACAAAAAGAAGAAGGGGAAGUUGAGCAGCUCUUCCUCCUCCUCUGACUCUGACGAAGGAUCUUUGUCGGAGGGCGAGAUGGCAGCCCUGAAGGAAGAGGUAGAGGAGAAAAAGAAACUAAUCGCCACAUUAAGGAAUAAACCGUGGCGUAUGAAGAGGAGACUUGUUCUGCUCAAGGAGGCGCAGGGGUUUGUUGAAAAGUUUGAAGGAGCCCUUGGUAAAGGAAGAGGCAGGAAGCUAUACGCCUUCAAAGUCAUGAUGGCCAAGAAAUUCAUCAAGUUCAAACGUGACUUUGAGAACUUCAAAACGGCCUGUAUACCCUGGGAGAGGAAGAUAAAGGAUGUAGAAAGUCACUUUGGAUCUUCUGUGGCAUCCUACUUUAUAUUUUUGAGGUGGAUGUAUGGACUGAACCUGGUGCUAUUUGGAUUCAUGUUUGGUUUAGUGGUCCUGCCUGAGAUUCUCAUGGGUCUUCCCUAUGGGUCCAUUCCCAGGAAAACUGUACCACGGAAGGAGCAGGCAACAGCAAUGGACUACUCAGUGCUCUUUGAUUUUGAGGGAUACUGCAAAUACUCCUUUUUAUUCUACGGAUUCUACAACAAUGAUCGAACAAUCGGCGUGCUGCAGUUCAGACUUCCUCUGUCAUACCUGCUGGUGGGCGUCGGCAUCUUCGGCUACAGCUUGAUGGUUGUCAUUAGAACGAUGGCCCGUAACUCAAACGAAGGAGGCGAUGGUGGCGAUGAGGGUGAGUUUACCUUCAGCUGGAAGAUGUUUACGAGCUGGGACUACCUGAUUGGAAACCCAGAGACAGCAGACAAUAAGUAUGCCUCCAUUACCACCAGCUUCAAGGAAUCCAUUGUAGAUGAACAGGAGAACCAGAAGGAUGAGAACAUCCACCUGCGUCGCUUCCUCAGGGUUUUGGCCAAUGUUCUCAUUUUGUGCAGCCUUGGAGGCAGCGGCUACCUCAUUUACUUUGUUGUCAAGCGCUCGCAGGAGUUUGCUGAUAUGGAUAGUGCUAAACUCUCCUGGUUUGAAAAGAAUGAGGUGGAGUUUGUCAUGUCUCUUCUGGGGCUGGUGUGUCCGCCUCUUUUCGAAACCAUCGCCGAGCUAGAAGACUAUCAUCCUCGUAUCGCUCUCAAGUGGCAACUGGGACGCAUCUUUGCCCUCUUCCUAGGAAACCUUUACACCUUCCUUUUUGCCCUUUUUGAUGAGGUCAAUGCAAAGUUGGAGAGUGAGAAGUCCAUCAAGAAUGCCACUGAGUGGGCGCUACAAGCGCACCACACUAACUACAGUGCCCACUUCAACACCACAGAUGUGCCUCCACCAAAUGUCCAUCCAGCAGAUGUCAUUAGAGGACCCUGCUGGGAGACUGCAGUUGGCAUAGAAUUUGUGAAGCUGAUCGUGUCGGACAUUCAAGUAACCUACUUGACCAUCUUGAUUGGCGACUUUGUGCGUGCUGUCUUGGUCCGCUUCCUUAAUUACUGCUGGUGCUGGGACCUGGAGGCUGGAUUUCCUUCAUAUGGAGAGUUUGACAUCAGUGGAAAUGUGCUGGGCCUAAUCUUCAAUCAAGGGAUGAUAUGGAUGGGGGCUUUUUAUGCUCCAGGGUUGGUGGGUCUGAACGUUUUGCGUCUCCUGAGUUCGAUGUACUACCAGUGCUGGGCUGUGAUGGCCUGUAAUGUUCCUCAUGAGCGAGUCUUCAAGGCCUCGCGCUCCAAUAACUUCUACAUGGGUCUGCUGCUGCUUGUGCUCUUCCUCAGCCUGCUGCCUGUGGUCUACACUAUAAUGACCUUGUCUCCAUCUUUUGACUGUGGGCCUUUCAGUGGCCAAAAGAAGAUGUAUGAUGUUGUCAUGGAGACUAUAGAACAAGAUCUUCCCGCUUUCAUUGGGAACAUAUUCACUCAUGCCACCAACCCCGGACUCAUUAUGCCUGCUGUUCUUCUUAUGGUGCUGGCUAUCUAUUAUCUGAAUGCCGUAUCAAAGGGAUACCAACAAGCAAAUACAGACCUCAAAAAGAAGAUGCAAAUGGCUCGAGAUGAGGAAAAGAAUCGAAGGAACAACAAGGACAGCACGAAUCAAGUCAUGAAAGACUUGGAAGACCUGCUGCCAGACAAAUCUUUGAUACCACCUCCAACUGAGGAAGGGCCACCCCCACCUGAUGUUGUCAUUGACAAGAGCACCAAGUCUCCAAAAAUUAAGCCAGGUGCAGCAGCCAAUGGGAAAGGGGUUAAUCUUCAAAAAGAGGUUUCAUUGGCUGCUUCCAAUCCCAGAGGGCCAGUGACCCGGGCCCCUGCACCAAGAGGGAGACCUCCUGGAAAUGCCAGGGGGCCUCAACCGGGAGCUGUUAGGGGAAGAGGCAGAGGCAGGUCUCCAAGACAAUAG